CACCGAAAAGGGCAAAGCCUUCGGAAAUAGAAACAAAGUUGGUCACACAUCACAUUGGCUUUGCCCGAAGUUUUCCCCUCGCUCUUCUUGAACAUGCUGCCAUGGGGCAAGUGAGCACUCCUGUCCCCGGGGGCGCGUCGGGGCGGCCGGGGGCCGAGGGCCGGGCGGCGACUCGUCGGUGACCAUGGUACCUGUUGAACGCGCAGAGGGCCCCGAUCUGCUGCGCCCCAAGGGCAGAGCCGCGGACACCGAGCGCAGCGGCAGAGCGGCCGGCGGCCGGCAGCCUCCCCCGGCGGCCAGAGGUUGCGGUAUGUUGACUUUCCUGUCGUCCGUCACUGCGGCUGUCAGCGGCCUCCUGGUGGGCUAUGAGCUGGGGCUCAUCUCUGGGGCUCUUCUCCAGAUAAGAGCCUUGUUAGCCCUGAGCUGCCAUGAGCAGGAGAUGGUGGUGAGCUCCCUGGUCAUCGGGGCCCUCCUGGCCUCUCUCACGGGGGGCGUCUUCGUGGACAGGUACGGGAGAAGGGCCACGAUUAUCCUGUCGUCCUGCCUUCUCGGGCUCGGAAGCUUCGUUCUGAUACUCACGCUGUCUUACGUCGUCCUCAUCGUGGGGCGCAUCGCCAUCGGCGUCUCCAUCUCCCUCUCUUGGAUCGCCACCUGCGUUUACAUCGCAGAGAUUGCCCCGCCACACAGGAGAGGCCUUCUUGUGUCGCUUAACGAACUGAUGAUCGUCACUGGCAUUCUUUUGGCCUAUGUGGCAAACUAUGCAUUUGCCAGCGUUUCCCACGGCUGGAAGUAUAUGUUCGGCCUUGUUAUUCCCUUGGGAGUCUUGCAAGCCAUUGCAAUGUACUUUCUUCCCCCGAGCCCUCGGUUUCUAUUGAUGAAGGGACACGAGGAAGCCGCCAGCCAGGUUCUUGGAAGGUUGCGAGCCAUCUCGGACACAACCGAGGAGCUCACGGUGAUUAAAUCUUCCCUGAAAGAUGAAUCCCAGUAUAGCUUUUGGGAUCUAUUUCGCUCAAAGGACAACAUGAGGACCCGAAUCAUGAUAGGACUAACGUUGGUAUUUUUUGUGCAAACCACCGGCCAGCCAAACAUAUUGUUCUAUGCGUCCACUGUUUUGAAGGCUGUUGGCUUUCAAAGCAAUGAGGCCGCCAGCCUCGCUUCCACUGGGGUUGGGGUUGUCAAGGUGGUCAGCACCGUCCCGGCCACCCUUCUCGUAGACCACGUCGGCAGCAAAACCUUCCUCUGUGUUGGCUCCUCUGUGAUGGCAGCUUCGUUGGUUACCAUGGGCAUCGUGAAUCUCCACAUCCACAUGAACUUCACCAGUAUCUGCAGAAGCCAUGGUCCUAUCAACCAGUCGUUGGGUGAGUCUGCACUUUAUGGACCCGGAAAUCUGUCAGCUGGUAACAACAGCCUCAGAGAGCCCUUCGAAAGGAUCACUUCUCACAGCAGGAACUCCCUAAGGCCCAGGAGAAAUGAUGUGGAUGAGAGAGGGGAGAUGAUCUUGGCGUCCGUACCAAAGGCGGGACUAAGCCAGACUGAACACCAGAUAGUCACAGACCCUGGGGAAGUCCCGGCUUUUUUGAAAUGGCUAUCCUUAGCCAGCUUGUUGGUUUAUGUGGCUGCUUUUUCCAUUGGUCUAGGACCAAUGCCCUGGCUGGUGCUCAGCGAGAUCUUUCCUGGUGGGAUUAGAGGACGUGCCAUGGCUUUGACGUCCAGCAUGAACUGGGGCAUCAACCUCCUCAUCUCCCUGACAUUUUUGACUGUAACUGACAGUAUCGGCCUGCCGUGGGUGUGCUUUAUAUAUACAAUAAUGAGUCUGGCAUCCCUAGCUUUUGUUGUUGUGUUUAUACCCGAGACAAAGGGAUGUUCUCUGGAACAGAUAUCAGUGGAGCUAGCAAAAAUGAACUAUGUGAAAAACAACAUUUGUCUUAUGAGUCAUCACCAAGAGGAAUUAGUGCCAACACAGCUUCAAAAAAGAAAACCCCAAGAGCAGCUCUUGGAGUGCAAAAUGCUGUGUGGGAGGGGAAAGCAGACGCAGCUGUCCCUGGAGACCUGAUGACCUCAAAUCUUCCGAAUGUCCAUGUGUCACGAAUGCACUUAGUAGGGGGUCCUUGUACCAAUACAGUUUUGCUACUCCCGGGUUUUCUCUUCAGUGUCAUGGAGCUAGACUUAAAGGGACAUUCUGAAUUUAUAAAGACAAACUUGCAUUCCCUUCCAAAAGUACCUUAAAAGAUAGAUGAGGUACAAGGGUGAUCUCUUUCUUAUUCUGAGCGGGCUACAGGUUAGAAAUAUGCUGGCUGGUUCAAUGUUUUCCACCUUUUCCACAGAGCAGCCUUUCAAAGACUUUGCCCAGUGAUGAGCUCAACCUCUGCCUUAAGAUAUGUAAGACAGAGGCCAGUUCCUGGCUUUACAAUUCAGAUGCCUAAGUGGCCAGAACGUGGGCUUACAGUUUUUGCCUUCUGAGAUACUACCUGCGCUGAGUCUUUUAUAAAAAAAAAGAAUGGGGAAACACUGUGGACAAUUUGAUUGCACAUAUGUUCUAGACUAGGAUAGGGUCCUGGCUAGGAUUUUCGUGGUGAUUCUUAGUUACAAUUCAAUUAAGUACAAAGAGUAUGCAGCUUAUUUUAGGAAUUAUGAACUACAAUUUAGUACUAAAUAUCCCACUUUUAUGAAUUUUGUUAGUAUUAUAAAAAUAUUAAAAGAAACAAUUCUGCAGUAGUUGAAAAAUAAGCAUUUUUCCAUUUUUUUAAAAAUAUGAAUAGAAAGGACAAUUUCAAAUCAUGGGACCAUAUUUAUUUAGAAGUAGCUGUUGCUGAAACACAUAAAAGGAAUUGGGCCAUUAGGUCAUUUAUCCAAACCUCUAAGCAAUUAGGUGUUAAUUACUCCAUCAAGCUUAUAAAUUUCCCUCCUUAUCAGGUUUUCGUGAACACUAAGUAGCAAUCUGUAGUUUCCUGCAGUGAUUCGCACUCCUCAGGAAUAUCACUACCUCAGGGUAUAGCACACGGGCCACAAUCACUCCCAACUUUCCCCCCAACUUUCCAAUGACUACAGAUGUUAUAAAUGAGGUUCAGACAUCAGGAAGAUUCCCUCCCUAACCUCUUCUCUGUGAUGAAGCCUAGAGACCUCCAACUGGGCCAGGAACUUGGGUUUUCAUGCACACAGCAGUCGAUUGCUCUCUUCUGCAUUUCUUUGGCUGAAUGUUAAGACCUGGUGAGGCAUUUUACCAAUAGAAUUAGGAUAUGAUCAUAGAAAAUCCACAAUAGAGAGUCUCAAACCACUUCGGUAGUAACUCAUUAAAUUACUAAUUGUAUAAGCUAUGGAAGUCACUCAGAAAACUUAAAGCAUGAGCAGACUAGCUUGAAAAACAAUUUUUUUUUUGAAAUGAUAAACCUGAAGGAAAGAGAAUCCUAAGAGCCAAAAACCCUUAAAGAGAAAGAGGAAGACCUUCAUUCCAUUUGAAAUGUUCCUUAUUGGCCCCUCACAAAUCGUCCUACUUUGAUAUAAGGGUGACUAUGUUCCCUUAUAACAAAGAGGAAAGGCUAAUCUAUGUAAGCAAUAGUAAAACAGAAUGGCCAAAAGUCCUGCUUCUGAAAGGUGCAAAUUGGCAGGGGAAGUUAUGAGGAAAGGGGAUUUGAGAUCUUAAACAAUUCUAUCAUGGUAUAUUUCAUAUGAAAGUUAGAGCACGCGUUGUUUUCUGUUUGUUUUAUAGAGAAGGGAAAUUGCGUCCUGCAGAGAAUGAACUUAUGAGAUUAAUCAUGAAUUUUCAGUGGAAUUAUAUGCUGAGAUUAAGAAAAAAAAAAUCAAGAAAUGGAAUCAAUAUUUUUUUUUGCCACAUA